ACAAUCUUGUCUUGCAGAGCCACAAUAAAGUAACUCUGCUUGAUCACUGUUGUCUCUGUGUAUGACAGUUUAAAUUGUAACAUUGAUUUCAGUUUCAGGUAUAAGACAGACCUCCCUAUUAUUAGUGUUUGUUUAAAAUGGCAGAAGACAUCAACUCUUUUUGUUGUUCAAUCUGUUUAGAUCUACUAAAGGAUCCAGUAACUAUUCCCUGUGGACACAGCUACUGUAUGAGUUGUAUUAAGGCCUGCUUGGAUCAGGAAGAUGACAAGGGUAUCUACAGCUGCCCCCAGUGCAGACAGACCUUCAUACCAAGACCUGUUCUAAACAGGAACACCAUGUUUUCUGAAGUGGUGGAGAAAAUGAAGAAGACAAGACUCCAAGCUGCUCCUCCUGAUCAUUAUUAUGCUGGACCUGGAUAUGUGGAGUGUGAUUCCUGCACUGGAAGAAAACUCAAAGCUGUCAAGUCCUGUCUGGUGUGUCUGGCCUCUUUCUGUGAGUCUCACCUCCAGCCUCACUAUGAAUCUCCUGCCUUUAAAAAGCACAAAUUGGUCCAGGCCUCGACAAAACUACAGGAGAAAAUUUGCUCUCAUCAUGGAGAACUACUAGAUAUUUACUGCUAUACUGAUCAGCAGUGUAUCUGUUAUCUUUGUACAAUGGAUGAACAUAAAGGACAUGAUACAGUCUCAGCUGCAGCAGAAAGGACUGACAAACAGAAGCAGUUGGGGGAGAAACUUCAGAAAUCCCAGAAGAGAAUCCAGGAGAGAGAGAAGGAGAUUCAGGAGCUGAGACAGGCUGUGGACUCUCUGAAGCACUCUGCACAGGCAGCAGUGGAGGACAGUGAGAGGAUCUUUACUGAGCUUAUCUGCUACAUUGAGAAAAGACGCUCUGAGUUGAAGGAGCUGAUCAGAGCUCAGGAGAAGGCUGAAGUGAGUCGGGCUGAAGGACUCUUGGAACAACUGCAGCAGGAGUUUUCUAAACAGAGGAGGAGAGAUUUUGAGCUGAAGCAGCUCUCACUCUCAGAGGAUCACAUCCAUUUCCUCCAGAGUUUCCAUUCUCUCUGUGUCCCUCCUGGAUCUGAGCCCUUGACUAGCACCACUUUCCUUCCACACAUCUCCUUUGAGCAUGUGAAGGAAUCAGUCACUAAACUGAAAGAUCAAAUGCAGGAUGUAUGCAAAAAGGAAAUGGACAUGAUAUCUGGCAAAGUGACUACAGUUGAGAUGAAUCAACCUGCUCAGCCCGAGACCAGAGAGGAUUUCUUAAAAUAUUCCUGCCAGCUGACAUUGGAUCCCAAUACAGUAAAUCAGUCCUUGUGUCUGUCUGAGGGGAACAGAAAGGUGACAUGGAGUUAUAAGACCCAAUCCUAUUAUGACCAUCCAGACAGAUUUACCUCCUAUAAACAGGUGCUGUGUAAACAGGGUCUGUCUGGAGUCUGUUACUGGGAGGUGGAGUGGAAUGGGGAAGGGGUUAAUGUAGUUAUGUCGUAUAAAGGGAUCAGCAGGAAAGGAAGUGGUUAUGAGUGUGUUUUUGGCCAUAAUGAUCAGUCCUGGAGGCUAUACUGCUCUAGAUCCAGAUGUUGUUUUUACCAUAGUAUGAAAAUGACUGAUAUCCCUGUCCCCUGCUCCUCCAGAGUAGGAGUGUAUCUGGACCACAGGGCAGGAACUCUGUCUUUCUACAGUGUCUCUAAAACAAUGACCCUCCUCCACAGAGUCCAGACCACAUUCACUCAGCCACUCUAUCCUGGGUUUACUGUUUAUAAAGGAUCUGUGAAGAUUGUGAUAUCAUAAAGUGCUGUAAGAUAUAGUUUCUUAUUUGCAUGUACAGAGGUGUCAAUCAAACAGAGUGAGUCUGAACCAUUGGUUUGUGAAUGAACAUGGACAUAUAAUGAGACAUGAAAGUUGAUUGAAAUAUAAAAAGAACCAAUCAUAAUUGAGUUUAGUGGAACAGUGGAGCUGUAAUUCAUAAUAAUAUAUUUUGAGGUAGUUACACCAUAUCUGAAAGUGUGUGUUUGAGUUAUGUUGAUCUUAGCACAGAAAAUAGUAAAAUACUUGUAUCAUGCAACAAAUUCAUCAAUGUCAAAAUAGAUGAUACUUGCAAGAAUACCUUGUGACUAUUAUUUGUGAAAUCCAUUUAUUGUCAAAUAAAACAUUAUGCUAUUGCUAAUCUAAUAGCUUUUAUUAAAAUGUUUAAUACGUAAGCAAAAGGUAAUUACAUGGUAUAGAAUUCUUAAAAUGCAUUAUAAUUGAUGGGGUGAGCAGUCAGAAAAAGAGAUGAGAGGAAAACCUUUGCUGUAGUUGUAGGAUUUCCCUCACAAUUUUUUUUAGAACUGCAACAAAAAUAUAUAAUGUAUUUCAUAUCUGUUUGUUUCUUAAAGAAGAAAUUGGUCCAGCGCUCAGGUGAUCAAAAGGGGAAU